AUGAAAGAAAGAUCAUUGUCUGAAAAAAAUGAUCAACUUAAAGAUUUGGACGAGAAAUUUAAGGAACUAUGUGAGGAAGCGAGUAGCCUACAUAACGAAAUGGCUAAGCUUGAGACAGAACAGAAAUCGAAGGAUGAGGAAAUUUUGAAAAAAGAUCACCUUUUAGAACAACUGAAGGUGCACUGUACGCAACUUGAAGGAGAGAUUACUUCGUUAAAAGAUGAACUUAAAUCGAAUCGCGACUUAUAUCAAAAAGAUACUAAUAUUACUUCGAGUCUUCAAUCAGAAAUCGAUCAUUUGAUGAAGAAAGUGGAGGAUCUACAAAAUCAAAACCUUGAGAAAGAUCAAAUAAUCAGCGGAGAUACAAAAAAACUCACAGAAUUGGUGGAAGAAGUUACGAAACAAAAACAAGUGAUUUCAGAGCUCAAAACAAAGGUAACGAAUAAGGAUGAAUCAGCCUCUGAAACUGAACUACUUAGACAAAUAGCAAGCCUCAAGCAUCAGGUCUCCACUGCUCAACAGAAAACUGAUGAAAGAAUUCAAGAUGUUGCUGAGCAAUUAUACCAUCAGUACUCCAAGAAGCAUGAAUUGAAAGUCAACCAAUUAAAGGAAAAGUAUGAUGCUAAAAUCGAGGACAGCCAUCGUGAGCUUGAGCAAAAGCGGCGUGAAAUUGAAACUUUAGAUAGCCAAUUGAAGACUGAAAUGAAGGAGAAGAACUACCUUCUUUCAGUCUUGGAGAAAUCGGAUAGCACUUUCAACAAGUGUACCCCAACAAGAAAUAGGUACUGA